CAGACCUGCUGAUUUGUCAAACUUAAAGAUUAAUAGCUUAGCAAGCCGCAGAGCGUCACGAGCUCCAUGCCUCCUCUGAAUAGACCAUGCGCCCACAGAAUCCAUGGGGAGAUUCAAGGAGGCUGCUCUCAUGGGGAAGAAGCGUAGCGCUUGGCGUGCUUCUGCUGAUCAUCUGUGCGUUCUUUGUGGACUCUUAUGUCAACCGCGAUAGCGGUAGGUUGCUGUUCCCGCUGAGGGCCUCUACUCUAGACAGCACUUCCCUGAGUCCAAGCAGCAAUGAGCACAACUUGAUAAAACCCAAUGUACAAAUUGUGGACAGGAAUCAUCCUCCAGAGGGAGUGACCUGUGAGGAUUGGCUAUCAAAAGCUGACAGUGCGGCCAGUGGGCCAGGUGGCAGAGAGUUUGAAAUUGACCCGGUGCGGAUUCUAGAGGUUGGAUUUAAGCCAUGGGACUUGGCGCCGGAGGAAGUGUUGUCUCGAUGCGAUGUCAAAUGCAGGCAAAUCACACUUGGGAGCCCGGAGGCGGCCAAUUAUUCAUCCUGGGAUGCACACACGUUGGAAUGGCCUCCUUCUAAGCCAAUCUUCAUUCCUUCCACCACAAGCAACAGCUCCCAAGACCUCGGCCCCCUGGUCGUGCGUAACAUCGAGAGCCCACACUACUACCCAGCCUUGCAACUCCCAAUGAUCGGUGUAAACAUAACCAUGCUAGGCUCCUUAUCCUCGCACGUUCCGCAACCGGGGUGUCCCCCCGAAGACGACUACUUUGAGCCCCCCCUGGAUUUCGGGGAGAAGAUUCCGGCGGUUAUGUCGAUGAUCAGCAACUGCAAUGCGAUAAGCUUUCGGAACGAGGCCCUAGAGGAGAUGAGGCGGCUGGGGCUGGCAGUGCAUCAGUACGGCGAGUGCGGUCGUACCAACUCGUGGGAGGAUGAAACUACCGAGCGGCGCAGCCCCAAGACGAUCAAGUACGCGCUCGCGCGCAAGCACAUGUUCUACGCCGCUUUCGAGAACAGCAUUUACGAGGACUACGUCACGGAGAAGAUGUUUGACGCACUCGUGGCUGGGUCGGUGCCGAUUUACAUCGGGGCGCCCAACGUGAUGGAUUUUGUGCCGGAUCGCAAUGCGAUCAUUCAGCUGCGCAGCAUGGACGAGGUGCCGGCGGUUGUUGACGAGAUCAAACGGCUCAUGCGCAACCGGACAGCUUACGAGGAGAAGCUCGCCUGGAAGCGGCGGCUUCCAAGUUCCGCGUUUCGGGCUCUGCUGAACUCGCAAGCCGUGUCGCAGACGUGCAAACUCUGCAUCGAGAUUGCGACGAGGAUCCAGGAGAACGGCUUAGCUGCCGCCAAGCCAAAUCGCCCCUGCUCGUGUACUCCGGUACCCUUAAACGGUUCGCAAGUGCUAUCACGAAGCGUACACCAUCUGUACGUUCGAGAGCGGGGGACCUUCCCUUUCUGCGACGUCUUUAUAAGGGAUGACGAUGUUAGGAUUUCCGUGGUCCAUGAAGCGAUAGCUUAUGCGUUUCAGAGAGCCGGGUACGUGCCCACGUGGCGAAAGUACGGUUACCAAAAGUAUCAAAAGUACCAAAAGUACGGUGACGGGCUAUAUAAGGUCUUCAAAGUGACUCCGGUGCGGACUACUUACCGGGAGGCUGUUUUUGGCCGCGCCUAUUUUGAAGACGACAAAAGUUUGCGUCAGUAUUUGAAGGACAACCCAUGUCCAAGACUAGAGGUGAUAUUUAUUUAACGCCACUCGAGCUGAAAUGUUGUUCUCUCUUUGCGCCCCUGUGUAGGAGGAGUUGCUUCUUAAACAAAGAACAGCCUGCUACUCUGGCAGGCGUUAUUGUCGGAUGCUGGGAAGAGUGGAAUCCUUACCUAAAAAGCUCGUGACAAUACACAAUAUUCUGGUCGCCGGUUUCGUAAGUGCCCACCAUACGAG